GGGGCUGGGGCUGCGCCGAGCCGGCCCCAUGCAGCAGCUGCCGCCCUGAGCCGCGAUGGGGAGCGGGGCCCGCGGGGGAGCCCUGCCCCGCCUGCUGCUGCUGCUGGCGCUCGCCGCGCUCCCGGGGGCCGCGCCCGCGUCCGAACGGCCCCGCAGCGCCGCCGAGGCCUGGGUGGGGGGCCGGCAGGGUCCCCACCAAGCCCCAGGGACAGGGGGAAGCUGGCAGCACCCGCCAGGAGAUGCCCCGGGGGUGGAGGGGAAUCCCGUGCCAGCUGCAGCCCCCGAAGCGAAGGCAUCUCGGCAACAGGCACCUGCUGAUCUCGGCCUCCCCGAAGCAGCCCACCCGGUCCCACGCGGCCCCGCGGAGAUUAGCGGAGCGGGCAACUCGUCCCGGCCGUGUCCGGGCUGCGCAGAGGGGACGGGAGACCCCGGUGCCCGGCCCCCGCAGCCUUUGUCAGCUCGGGACAAUGAGGAGGCUUUGGAGGCCUCAGCCGCCGUGACCAGCGUGGCGUGGCCGGCGGAUGGGGAGGCUAUUGUUUUGGACCUAAACGCCACCAAGGGAGCCCUGGAGAGCACCGCCCCUGCCCCCGAGAGCCCCGAGGAGCCCGGGAGCGGAGACCCGGCGGGCAGGGCCUCAGCGCCCACCCAGCGCCCCACCACGGGGACCACGCGCCCGUCCACCACGCCGGGCCUCAGCUCCGACUCGGCAGAGACCGACCUCCUCCUGGAGGCCGCCGGGGACGCCGGGCCGGGGUCUCCCCCCCCCGGGGCCCGCACCCCGGGCCUGGCGCCCGGCUCGGCCCAGAAGGAGGAGUCGCUGGAGCUGUGGCUGGAGCUGGCCAGCAGCUCUCCGGCUCAGGGCGCGCUGGGCCACACCGAUGUGACCUGGCUGCCCACGGAGGCACUGCCAUCAGCCACCGAUGCCCCCGCUGGCCUCAAGACCCCCGAACCGCCCUCGGAGCAGACGGCCUCCGAGAUCAUCGACAUCGACUACUACGACCUCUUCGACGGGGACAGCCACGGCGGGGCCGAGGGGCUGGACGACUUCGCGGCCGGGGGCCCCGGUGCGGCCAAGAAGCCGGGCGACAAGGCCUCGUCCUGGUCCCUCCACGAGCUCUACGACGACUUCACGCCCUUCGACGAGUCCGACUUCUACCCCACCACCUCCUUCUACACCGACGGCGACGAGGAGGGCGAGGACGACGAGCUGGACGAGCCGGAGGAGGACGAGGAGGAAGACGAGGAGGAGGACGGGGGCGCCGGGCUGGCCAGGGACUUGGAGGACGAGAAUGGCCGUGCGGCACCCACCCCGGCCGUGCCCAAGACCCUGGCGGCCGAACCCACCAGCCGUCGCUUCGUCGUGCCCCCGCUGCAGACCUUCGUCGUGGCCGGGCCUGGUGCCACCGCCCGGCCGCACCCCAGCAAGGACCUGAGCCCGGCGUCCGUGGCAGGAGAGAACGGCACCGAGUGCCGCAGCGGCUACGUGCGGCACAACAACUCCUGCAAGUCCGUGUGCGACAUCUUCCCCAGCUACUGCCACAACGGGGGCCAAUGCUACCUGGUGGAAAGCCUGGGAGCCUUCUGCAGGUGCAACACCCAGGACUACAUCUGGCACAAGGGCAUGCGCUGCGAGUCCAUCAUCACCGACUUCCAGGUGAUGUGCGUGGCCGUGGGCUCGGCCGCCCUCGUCGUGCUGCUGCUCUUCAUGAUGACCGUCUUCUUCGCCAAGAAGCUCUAUCUGCUCAAGACUGAGAACAACAAACUGCGCAAGACCAAGUACCGGACGCCGUCGGAGCUGCACAACGACAACUUCUCGCUGUCCACCAUUGCCGAGGGCUCCCACCCAAAUGACGACCCGGCGGCUCCCCACAAGCUGCAGGAGUCGCUGAAGCCCUGCACGAAGGAAGAGGAGUCCUUCAACAUCCAGAACUCCACGUCGCCCAAGCACGACAGCGGCAAGGGGGAGCCGGACGAGGCCGAGGUGAACUGUCUGCAGAACAACUUGACAUGAAGGCAACGGAGAGGGAGGAGAGCUCACACGCAUCCCGUGUCCUCACGUACCCAUCUUGUGUCUCAUAACCGUGCGUCCCGCCCCCCCCCAGCCCCCCGGGUCCAUGGCAUGCUUUGGUGUAUGUUGUACAGAGGAAACCAACCACGUAACAAUGAUCGUACAAAAACGAAGAAGAAUCCAGACGCUCGUCCGGCGCGUCGUGUCCGUUGGGUCGUUGGGUCUGUGCUCUGUCUGUGUCUCGCUCGGGUUAGCUCCACCGCUGUGAUUUCUAAAUCUUUGCUGUGACGCGACUGACUUUUUUUGUACUUUUACCCGACUUUUUUUGAAAUACGAUUAAAAACAAAAAAAAGGAAAGAACUUGAAA